AUGACUACCUCUAUCAUUGCAUCUUCCGUGGCGGAUGCACCGCAAGCAACAACCCUUGUGUUUGGCGGUCACAUUGGCACACAGAGCAAAAAAUCACUAGAGAAGCCAGUAAAGCAAUUCCUCAGCGGGCCCAACGGAAAAUGGAUACUAGAGGCCGUCAGUGGGUUGCCGCAGUACUGGGCAGCCCUGGUGGAAAAGAUUCCGGAGAUUGCCGGCACAGUCUCAGGUGCCGAAUUGCUCAAAGAUUUCGACUCAUGGCUACGAAACGGUAUCUCGGCGGGCGACCUGCUCGCCUCCGAAACAGAACUGCCAAACAUACUCAUCGGGCCGCUGAUGGUGGCCAUCCAGCUGGACCAAUACUGGCGGUAUCUGGAAUUUCGGCUGGAUGACGUUGCCAUCUCAGAUCCCCAAGCAGAACUCGUCCGACAACAGCAGCAGCAGCAGCAGCGACAGACCACCAUCCGCCCUGUGGAAACGCUGGGCUUCUGCGCUGGCCUCAUCAGCGCCGUGGCAGUGGCGAGUUCUCACGAUAGGGCUGAGUUCGAAAAGUACGGCGCCGUGGCAGUGCGCAUCGGCAUGUUGAUGGCAGCUCUGGUAGACGCGCGCGAGUCUCGAGACGAGGCCAGAGGCAUGGGCGGAUCGGUGUCGUUUGGGACAGCAUGGCGUAGCGGCAGCAAGCAAGGCACCGACAUGGCGAGCAUCGUGUCGUCGCUGACGCCGGACGCAUAUGUAUCGGUGCUCUUCGAUGAGGCGCGCGCUACAGUGACGACUUCUGAACGUGUAGCUCCGACGCUGGUGCGGAGACUUCGGGCUGCCGGUGUCACGGCGGUUCCACUCCCGUUCAAGGGCCACAUGCAUACGCCGGGGGUGGAGCGGAAGCGGCAGACGGAGGCGCUGAUCGAGCUGUGCCGGGUGGGGCCGAAGAGCGCCGGACUUCAGUUCCCAGUGGCGGCCCGGCUGGCGCUGCCGACAUUCAGCAACUCGGCAGACGGCUCUCAUGUAUCUCCUGACGAGACGGAUCUCACAGGGAUGGUGCUGCGGGCGAUUUUGACGCAGCAAUUCGAUUGGGCUGGGACGAUGUCGAAGCUGCUGUCGGCGUCGGCGACGACGCAUAAGGAGGUAUCUCUGGUGGCUUUUGGGCUGGACCAGUGCAUUCCGCCAACAAUAACGCGGAAGUUUGGGCCAAAGCAGGCACACUAUGAGCAGCUGGUGAACCACAUUGAGAGUCGGAAGCUUCAAAAGAUCUCGUCGGCUUUGGCUACGGCCAACGGCACAACCAUUUCGGCAAACACCUUAACAGUCAAGGAUGAACCCCAAACAUCAGUAGCGCCAGGAAAAUCUGCCGAGGAAGUCAUCGCCAUUGUGGGCAUGUCUAUCAAAGCGUCCGGGGCUGAUGACCUCGAGGAAUUCGCAACGAUGCUCAAAACGGGCAAGUCGCAGCAUGAGCUGAUCACGGCGGAGCGGAUGACGCCAGAUAUGCUCUUCCGGGAGGCAGGGGAGGACCCGAAGAAAAAGAAGAACUACUACGGUAACUUCUUACGUGACUCAGAUGCUUUUGACCAUAAAUUCUUCAAGAAGAGCCCUCGUGAGUCCCAAGCAAUGGAUCCACAAAGCCGCCUAGCGAUGCAGGUAGCAUACCAGGCAGUCGAGCAGUCUGGAUACUUCACGGAGCCCAAAUUGACGAGCAAAGAACGAGAACACAUCGGUAGCUACCUGGGCGUGUGCGGCGUUGAUUACGAGCAGAACACGGCCUGUCAUGCAGCGAGCGCAUUCACUGCUACGGGCGCCUUACGUAGUUUUAUCACUGGCCGGAUCGCGCACUUCUUUGGCUGGACGGGUCCCGCAAUGACCUUCGAUACGGCGUGUUCGUCGUCAACAGUAGCUUUGCACACUGCCUGCCGCGACCUGCUGUCUGGCGAGGUGACGGCGUCGUUAGUAGGCGGCGUUAAUAUUAUGACUAGUAUGCAAUGGAUGCAGAACCUCAGCGCUGGCAGCUUCCUAAGUCCGACAGGUCAAUGCAAGCCGUUUGACGCUGAGGCCGACGGCUACUGCCGGGGAGAGGGAGUCGCUUUCGUCUUCCUCAAGAAGUUGUCGGAUGCCGAGGCCGCCGGCAAUACGGUGCUGGGCACGAUCCGGGCGACGGCGGUAUAUCAGAACCUCAAUAUCACGCCGCUGUUCGUGCCCAACGUACCAUCACUGUCACAGUUAUUCAAGGACGUGAUCCGCAAGGCCGGCGUCGACCUGGCCGAAAUUUCCUUGGUCGAGGCCCACGGCACUGGCACAGCGGUCGGUGACCCGGCCGAGUACGAGAGCGUCAAACUGGCGCUGGCCAGCCCACGGCGUGAUACUGUCGUGCCUAUAGGCUCAGUUAAAGGCCAUGUAGGUCACACGGAGGGUGCUUCUGGAAUGAUUGCACUGGUAAAAGUGCUCAUGAUGAUGCGUGACAACUUCAUCCCGCCUCAGGCCAGCUUUACACGCAUGAAUCCGCACACCCACGCCUCGCCGGCCGACAUGAUAGAGGUGGUGACGGAGCUGCGGCCGUGGCCCGCCGAACGUAAGAUCGCUCUGCUUAACAACUACGGCGCCUGCGGUUCCAACGCCAGUGUUGUCAUCGACUACUCGGCCCCUAAGGCUUUGGACAAGCGCUUGCAAGCUCAGACAGCAAUAGAGACCCGGCAGCCGUUCUGGAUCCCCGGAUUCGACGCCCGCAGUAUCGCUGCCUAUAGCAAAGCACUGACUGCAUACCUCCGUGGCCGCACCGGAGACAAGAAAGUAAACCUAGCCGACGUGGCGUUUAACAUGGCCCGCCAGUCGAAUCCCAGCUUGCCUCAAGGGCUGAUUUUCAGCUGCCAGUCGUUAGAAGAGCUACAGGGAAAGCUGGCCCAGGCUGCUGCGGCUACUAAAGAAACAGCUGCCGCCGCUGGUAUCACUGCAUCUAAGUCGGAGCGGCCGGUCGUGUUAUGCUUCGGUGGCCAAGUUUCGACAUUUGUCGGACUAGGCCGCGCGUUAUACGAGAGGGUCGCUGUCUUGCGACACCACCUGGAUGCUUGUGAUUCGGCUGCCACGGCGGCAGGCUUAUCUAGCAUUUUCCCUGCCAUAUUUUCGCGCGAGCCCAUCCGUGACACUGUCCAGUUACAGACGGCGCUGUUCGCUAUGCAGUACGCCAGCGCGCGGACGUGGAUGGACUGUGGGCUGGCCUCGAAGAUCGUGUCCGUCGUGGGCCACAGCUUCGGCGAGAUCACGGCGCUCUGCGUGGCCGGUGUGCUGAGCCUCGACGACACAGUUCGGCUGGUUGCCGGCCGUGCAAAGCUGGUGCGUGAUGCCUGGGGGCCAGAUUCAGGGGCAAUGAUGGCCGUCGAGGCAGACGAGACUGUCGUCCAUGAUCUGCUGAGGGAGGCCAACUUGAACGGCGAUGGCUCAGCCAGCAUCGCUUGCUACAACGGCCCUCGCAGCUUCACACUGGCCGGUACGACUAAGGCAAUCGACGCCGUGGCCGCCACUCUUGCUAGCAACAGCAAGUUUGCUGGAGGUGGCAUCAAGAGCAAACGGCUCAACGUGACCAAUGCUUUCCACUCGGUGCUAGUGGAGCAGCUUGUCGACGACCUUGGAAAAGUCGGCCGGGAUCUUACUUUCCAUGACGCUGUGAUCCCAAUUGAACGGGCUACUGAGAAUGAGUCGGCAAGCUCGCUGGACUGGACCUUUGUGCCUUCACACAUGCGCCAGCCUGUCUUCUUCAACCACGCUGUACAGCGGCUGGCCAAGAAACACCCACAGGCUAUCUUUCUCGAAGCUGGAUCCAACUCCACGAUCACGAUGAUGGCGAGCCGCGCGCUGGCCCAAGUCAAUUAUGCCAGCAAUAACACACUCGCUUUCCAGGCUGUAUCCAUCACUAACACUGAAAAGGGUCUCAACGGACUCGCAGAUGCUACGGUAGCGCUGUGGAAGCAGGGCUUGCGCGUGACCUUCUGGCCGCAUCAUCAUUCCCAGGCGGGCGAGUAUGUGCAACUGCUUCUGCCGCCGUACCAAUUCGACAAGUCACGCCACUGGCUAGAGGUAAAGUCGCCGAUGGAAGCUGUUACCAAAGCAGCCCAGGCCAUGAUUGCUGCGGCGGGAGUCUCUACUGCAGGAGUUGGACGUGUUACUGAGGUGGAAGACCCUAAGAAGCUGCCCCUCUGGACAUUCAUCAGCUAUCAGGAGGCCAAAGGAAACAAGAAGUUGGCCCGCUUCCGGAUCAACACGAGCUCAGACUCGUAUCAGCGCUUGUUUGCAUCCCACGUUAUUGCCCAGACGGCGCCCAUCUGUCCGGCAACACUCGAGAUCGACAUAGCCAUCGAAGCACUCUUCAGCCUCAAUCCGAACUGGCGGGCUUCUGGCUACUCUCCCACGAUUCAUGAUCUCAUCACUCACACACCAGUAUGUGCCAACUCGACGCGUAUCUUCUACAUGGAUCUGUCACCGUUGGACAAGGCCGAAACAAAGUGGCACUUUAACUUACACAGCGUCACGGGCAACGGUGGUGACUCCCAGGCCCACGCCGAGGCCACAGUCCGCAUGCACGCGCCAACUGAUGCCUCCUAUUUGCAAAAGUUUAGUCGUUAUGAGCGUCUAGUCAGCCACGCUCAGUGUGAGGCCCUUCUGAAGCUUGGCCUUGACAGCGACGGCGUCGAGGUGCUACAGGGCCGUAACGUAUACCGCGCCUUCACCGAAGUCGUUGAUUUCGGGCCGGUCUACCGCGGCGUCAAGUAUGUGGUCGGCCGCGAUGGUGAGAGCGCUGGUGUAGUUCAUAAACGCCACGAGGGUCAUACCUGGCUCGACGUGCCCAUGAGCGACUCGUUCGGCCAAAUCGCCGGCAUUCACGUGAAUUUGCUGACCGACGACCUAUCGCCAGCCGACAUGUUCGUUGCUACCGGUUGCGAGUUGUUGAUGCGAUCGCCAAAGGCUCAACCGGAGAUUUCUGGCAAAGAGAACGGCCCUGGUGUCUGGCACGUUCUCGCCCGUCACGAGCGCCAGUCUGACAAGGCGUAUACAACGGAUGUCUUCAUCUUUGAUGCCUCUACCGGCGCGUUGACAGACAUCAUGCUGGGUCUGCAGUACGCACGUGUAUCUAAGGCGUCCAUGAGCAAGAUCCUCACGCGCUUCACAGCGGACCAAGAGUUCCUUAGGAAACCAACAGGGGCGAUUGCUGCGACUCCUGCUGCUUCUCAUCCACCCCCCGUCACUGUUGCUGUUCCCGCCCCUGUUCUCGAUGGCACCAAAACAAGUGCAAAACCGAAGAAGACAAAGCAAAAGGGCUUCGACAUUACUGAUGCCGUCCGCAACCUGGUGGCUGAUGUCUCCGGCAUCGAGGCUAGCGAGAUAACACUCGACAGCGAGAUGGCCGAAGUAGGCAUCGACUCGCUUAUGGGCAUGGAGCUGGCUCGUGAGGUUGAGAAUAAAUUUAAGUGUACACUCAACCAAGCCGAGAUGAUGGAAGCAGUCAGCCUCCGCCAAUUUGUCGCCUGCGUCGCAAAGGCAUUGGGCAGCACUGAGGGAGAUGUCGGAACAGAAAAUGCCGAGCAAGACUCAGAUACUGCUGACAGCGACUCGGCCGUGGAGUUUAUGCGGUCGGACGAGACUGAUGACACGGCCUCUGAUAUCACUACACCAGAGCCUGAAGAGGCAUCUGCUUUCCGCAAGCCCGGCUCACUGUCAGUCGGCCCCGCCACCAGCAAUCUGGCCCUCAAUGCCUCCGACAUCCUCGAGUGCUUCGGCCAUGUUAAGUUGACGACUGACGAUAAAAUUCGCGAGUUUGGCAUCGAUAGCAUCGCCCGUGUUGGCCUGGCUGGCAGCAAUAAACUCUGUACAGCCCUUGUCGUCGAGGCUUUUGAUGAGCUUGGGUCGCCACUGAGGACAGCUACUCCAGGGCAGCUGCUGGAUCGCGUAGCCUUCUUGCCGCAGCAUGGCCGAAUGAUGGAAUGGGUUUAUGGCUUCCUGGAGCGUGAGGCACGUUUGAUAGAUAUUGACACGGUAACAGGCCAGAUCACACGCACACAUGUGGCCGUGCCGCGCAAGACCAGCGCCGAGCUGCUCGACGAAAUGAUCGCCGCGCAUCCCGAGUCCGCCAUCCCCAACCGCCUGGCCUACUAUGCCGGCAAACACCUGGCUGGCGUCCUCAGCGGCGCUACUGAUGGUAUCCGAGUCAUAUUUGGCAGUGCUGAGGGUCGUCGGUUGGUCCAGACCAUGUACUGCGACUACGCCUUCAACCGCAUGCACUAUGAGCAGAUGGCAGAGGUCGUCACCAGAUUAUCAAGCCGCCUGAACCAGACCGGUGAAACUCUGAAGGUUCUCGAAAUGGGUGGCGGCACCGGUGGUACAACAAACGUGAUGGCUCCGUUACUGGCGUCCCUAGGCAUCCCCGUCGAAUACACCUUCACGGACCUGUCGCCGUCCAUGGUGGCCAACGCGCGCCGCAAGUUCGCUGAGCAGCACCCGUUUAUGCGCUUCGCCGUACACGAUAUUGAGAAGCCGCCAGCCGCAGAGCUCCUAGGACAGCAUCUAGUCUUGGCCAGCAAUGCUAUCCAUGCUACUCGCAGCUUGCUCGAGUCGGCGCAAAACGUGCACCAGGCUCUACGCCCUGACGGUUUCCUCAUGAUACUCGAGAUGACGGAGAGCCUGCCAUUCGUUGAUAUUGUGUUUGGCCUGCUCGAGGGCUGGUGGCUCUUCAACGAUGGUCGUACCCACGCCGUUGUUACUGCUGAGCACUGGGAGCGCGCUCUGCACGCCUCAGGCUUUGGUCACGUCGACUGGACCGAUGGCAAAAGGCCCGAGAACGCCUUCCAAAAAGUCAUCAUUGCCCUGGCCUCUGGAGGGACGGCAGCUCGUCUCCCUGCGUCUGUAGCAUCUACAGAGAAAACCAAGGUGGUUGAUAGAGGCGAUGUGACGGCCCGCGAGGCCGAAGCUGAACGCCUUGUAGCCUCUUACACAGCCGGUUGGGCCACGCCGGCCCUCGAUUCUGUGGCUAUCGAUGCUUCUACCGCUUCUUCUCCCGCUGCCGCUGUGGUCGUCACUGGCGCUACGGGCAGCCUCGGCGCCCACCUUGUGCAGUCGCUCGCCGAACGCCAGGACGUCGCUAAGGUUAUCUGUGUGAACCGUCAGUCCGGCGUCCCAGCCAAUCAGCGCCAAGCCGAAGCAUUCUCUUCAAGAGGUAUUGCUCUAUCGCCUUCUGCGCAGGAGAAGCUGCGCGUCUAUGAGACCGACACCUCCAAGCCGCAGCUGGGCCUGCCUACUCAGGAAUAUGCUUGGCUGGUCGCGAAUGCCACCCAUAUUAUACACAACGCCUGGCCCAUGAGUGGCACACGCCCACUCAAAGCUUUUGAGCCGCAGCUACAGACCAUGCGCAACCUGCUGGACCUGGCGCGAGAGAUGGCUCUGGGGAAUCCAAAGACUCGUGUCGGCUUCCAGUUUGUGUCCUCGAUCGGUGUGGUUGGCUAUGCGGAUACGUCUGCUAGGCCCCAAGUUCUUGAAGACCGCGUGCCAAUAGCAUCUGUCAUGCCCAGUGGCUACACCGAGGGCAAAUGGGUAUGCGAGCGCAUGAUAGACGAGACGUUGCACCGCUACCCACGUCUGUUCCGCGCCACCGUCACUCGCCCCGGCCAGAUCAGCGGCUCCAGUCGCAGCGGCUUCUGGAACCCGGUCGAGCACUUUGCCUUCUUGGUGAAGAGCUCACAGGCUUUACGUGUGUGGCCCGACCUGUGUGGUCGCUUGCAGUGGCUGCCCGUUGACCGCAGCGCCGGCGUGAUGGUGGAUUUGCUACAACUGGAAAACAGUGGCGAUGCAGCUGCGUACCCCGUCUAUCAUAUUGACAACCCGGUUGGCCAGCCGUGGGAAGAAAUGUCGCCCGUGCUGAUAACGGCCCUCGAUAUCCCUCCCCAGAACGUGAUCUCCUUUGCCGACUGGAUCAUGCGCGUGCGUCGCUCGCCGCUCUCGGGCGACGAAAAUCCGGCUGCUCGUAUCAUUGACUUUCUUGACAGCCACUUUGAACGCAUGUCUUGUGGAGGCAUAAUCCUUGACACUCAGAAAGCAAAGGAGCACUCAGCCACGAUGGCAGUUCAGGGCCUUGUCAGUGAUGAUAUUGCGCGGGCAUAUGUAGCAUCCUGGAAAGCUAUGGGGUUUCUGAAGUAG